AUGGGUGAAAGAAGAGAGGGUUUUUUCAAUCACAAGGCUGAUGGAUACACACAUGCAAAGACUCAGCAAAUUUUUAUACCAAAAGAGUUUGGACGUUCAGAAGUGGACUAUCCGGUUGGGGAUCGUAUUGAGGAGAAAAUAAAAAAAGAGCAAGAGUUAGCUCUUGGUUUUCAGUCGAUGCGUGUUUCGCCUACUGAGUGUACAAUAUAUGAUCGAGACAGAAAACCAUUCAGGGUGGUAUUUGGCAGUGAAAAUUCUUGUAGUUGUUUGAAGUGGACCAUGAGUGGGAUUCCUUGUUCGCAUGCAUGCUAUGCCAUCCAUGAAUUAUCUUUAAAUAUUUAUGAGAUGGUUGAUCCAUGGUUUAGGGUUGAAACACAACAAAAACUAUGUGAACAUCUCAUGUCUUCUGUCCCCAUGCAUGAUAUGCCGAAUGCAGCUGCUGUUGCUGCUGCUGACGGUGAAGGUGCUUCCCAUCUUAGGCCUCCUGCGGUAACACGUCCCCCUGGACGACCUCGUAUUAAACGAAUCGAAUCACAAUUUCAAAAUGUAAGGUCGUUACACUGUUCGUGA